AUGUCAAGAAACAAAGAGAAAGCACAGUCAAAUCUAAAUCAGUAUUAUCUACAAAAAGAUCGGGUACUGGGAGUACUUGAUUCCAAUUCACAAAAUCGUCCCAAAAAUGUCAAUAAAGUUACUUCUUUACCUCAAGCCGAAAAAUGGCGUUCAAUUGUAAUAUCAGAAAUAUCUAUAAACUUAACUAAAAUUAAUGAUGAAAAUUUGACAGAUUUUGAGAUUCGUGAGAUUAAUGAUAAAUUGAAUUUAUUAUUCAAAGAGAAGAAGUCAUGGGAAUAUCAUAUACGAAAUAAUUUAAAAGGGAAUGAUUACAUUAAAUAUGGAAAAGAUUUGAUGAAUACUGGGGUUUUAGUUGAUCGUGAUGAUAAUAGUGUUAAAGGAUAUAGAUAUUUUGGUAGAGCUAAAGAAUUACCUGAUGUGAAAGCCUUAAUUGAACAAAAGAGAAAGCGAACUAAAAUUAAACAAAUUGAUUAUAAUGAGGAUAAGGCUAGAGAAGAAAGACUCGGAUUCGCUUAUUAUGGAUACUACGAUGAGAAGGAACUACCCCUAGAUAUCAUUGGAUUUGAAAAGAAAUCCACUGUUUCAGAUCCAUUACUAGAAUUCGAGUCUCAAAGAAGUAAAGAACUACUGGAAGAUACAAAUGAUACACAACAUAAUAAAAUCAUAAAUUUUGAUGAUAUACCUACAAACGAAAUGGUAACCAAAUGGUUAGUCAACAAAAAAAGACAAGAACUACUAGCCAAACUAGGGAUUAGUAACAAACUGUGA